UCCAGGGGGUGGGGGGCCCUGCUGGGCAGGGAGAUACACGUUAGACACGGGCUUGUGCCAGGCACUCCGUACACAUGACUGUGUCUAGUGUUCACAGCUCCCUGCGGACACAGGCUUGCCCCAUUUCACAGCUGGGAAAGUGACGCCGAGAGGGUCGGGAGGGCCUGGGCCACUACCAAGUUUUAGAGAAGUUACUGUUGAAAUUCUGAUUCUCUUGAGGAGAUGCCAAACAGAACUACGAUUGUGGUUAGCUUCUACAUUCGCUAUAGGAAAAAAAAAAAUAUGUUGUAACACCCAUAAAAAACAACAGAGUAUUUCUCUGCUUACCCAGAGAAUUUUGGACUGCAGCAAGCCAUCAGGCUUUGUGCAGCAGAAUGUCACUGUGGUUUCUCUAAGCUGACGGUACGACGUCAGCUUUGGCCUGAAUCAUUGCCCGGUCACUCGUAAUCCACGGAUUGGUUUCUGGCAGCAGCAGUGGCCCCUGACUACACCAUGUGCUGUGUGCAAGCUCAGGCUUUGAAAAACCUCUGACAAUCUUGGUAUAUGCAAGUGGGGGGUCCCCAAACGAGGCCCAUUUUAAGACUGGGAAACCCAGUGUCCUUUUUGAUCCUGCUGUUUGGCAUCAUGCUCUCAGCUAGCAAAGGUAGAAAGGUCUUGAUUGAAGGCCUUCUGUGACAGUGGCCUCGGUGCCUCUUGGAUUGUGUCAGGGGUCAGGGCUGCUGCUCUGUUCUGUACUGCAACAUCCUGGCUUACCAGCUUGUCACAAACAAACCCAUCAAAUGAUGAAUGAGAACUGAAAACUAACCACCAAAAGACCCAUGUGACAAAAACACCACAGCUAGCCCCUAAAUAACUACCAAGAACUGCUUUGUCUGAGUUAGCAUGGAAAGAAAUAUCUGUAGGAAUCUGCCGUGUCCUGGCUUGGCUGGCACUGUUCCCAGGACCUCCCAGUGGAUGUGGACUGGGCCACUUCUAGCUCUUUUGAACUUAAAUCCCUCAGCAACUGUGGCUGCUGUCCUGUGCCAGGGAAACCCAGAGAGGAGGGGAUCUGCCUCAGGUCCCACAGGAAUUGGGCCUUGCGCCCCUUGGCUACAGCCUUAUCUCCCUCCAUCUAGGACGCUGUGGUCACUGCAGGGCUGCGGCCCACUCCUCCUCCUUGUGACCAGGAAGGGACCUCCAAUCCCAACCCAGAUCUGGGCCUGGCUCUAUCCCAGGCUUGGGCAUUGCAGGGCCGAGUGAGUGAACAGGAUGGUGGCUGGGUGGUGGUGCCAGUGACAAAAUUGCCCUGUUCCAUUUGGCCCUGCCACCUGGCACAGUCAGGGUUACAGCUGGGGCCCCUCCCAGUCUCCAGAGCCAUCGUCCCUUAGCAACAGUCCUGCCAGGAAGAACGCACUGCCAACACUGGACAGAGCCGGCAGGAGCCAGCGGAGUGGCUGUCUGGAAGACCCAGGACGGGCGACAACCAGGUGAGUGAGUAGGGGACACCCAGGCUGUAGCCUGGCUGGCUAAGCAGAACCCCCCGUGACCUCUCUCCCAUCUAGCUGCUCAGAGUCCCAACCCGGCAUGGACGCAGUGGACGCCACUGUGGAGAAGCUCCGGGCACAGUGCCUGUCCCGAGGGGCCUCGGGCAUCCAGGGCCUGGCCAGGUUUUUCCGCCGCCUGGACAGGGACAGGAGCCUGUCCCUGGAUGCAGGGGAGCUCCAGCGAGGCCUGGCUGAGCUGGGGAUGGCGCUGGACAUGGCCGAGGCAGAGGGCGUGUGCAGGCGCUGGGACCGCGACGGCAAUGGGGUGCUGGACCUGGAAGAGUUCCUGAGGGCGCUGAGGGUAGGCCUGCUGACUGUGGGGGAGCCCCUUCACCCCGCUGCGUGGGGGGUGCUGGGCUCUCGUGGGCUAAUGUGUCAGCACGGAGACACUGGACCCUCAUCACUACGAGGUGCCUGCUCAGGGGUCCCCUGCACUCUGCGGUCUACGCCCGGACGGGCUGGGGUCCCAGUCACCACUCCCCAUCUUCUUCAGCCUCCCAUGUCCCAGGCCCGGGAGGCGAUCAUUGCAGUAGCGUUCGCCAAGCUGGACCGAAGCGGGGACGGCGUGGUAACCGUGGGGGACCUCCGGGGGGUGUACAGCGGCCGCACUCACCCCAAGGUGCAGAGUGGGCAGUGGACCGAGGAGGAGGUGCUCCGCCGCUUCCUGGACAACUUUGACUCCUCUCAGGACGGGCAGGUGGGUCCCCGUGGGGUGCAUCCCUCGCUCCUGCCCGGCCUCUGGUCCCCACUUAGAGCCCGUCUGCCCCCAGGUCACGCUGGCCGAAUUCCAGGACUACUACAGUGGCGUGAGCGCCUCCGUGGACUCGGAUGAGGAGUUCGUGGCCAUGAUGACCAGCGCCUGGAGGCUGUGAGCGCCGCCCCAGGUCCCUGCCCUGGCAUCCCCGAGCCGGCGUCCCUCUCACCUGGACUUGCGGCUGUGCCGUCCUGGGGCGGAAGGGGGCGCUGGAGGGGAGUGCAGGAGGAUUUAGGCUGCAGAACCAGUUAGACCAGGUCUCAAAGGACCUUGCUUGGCCACCAGGCCCAAGUGGGACACGGGACCCCAGGGAAUAAAGCUCUACUUGUCCACCCUGUGCUGACCCCAGGCCUCAUGAAACCACUGCAGAUGUACCCCCUCCGCCUCCCCCGUUUCGCUCCAGGAUCCUGGUCCUGCCAGCACCCCAACCCCAACCUUCUCUCAGUGGUCCUGGGGAAGCCAGGAGGCCCGUGGGGCGGGGGUUGGGGGUGCAUGUGUGAGCAAACGGCUUUCUGUGAGGCCAGGCUCUGUGCUUGGAGGUGGCAGGUCUUGGAAGACAGCCAAGUUUGGUGGCCAGUCCAGGUGUGGACUGU